UGGUGAGGCAUGGACACCUCACCAUUUUUUAUUUUUAUUACUCCCUAUGCCGAACCUAAGUAGGCAGGAGCACCAAGUCAGUGGCAGAGGGAUAGAAGAACCUAACGUUAUGGUGUUCUUCGUCAAGUGUCGGAAUUAUUGGCAUAGUCUAAGUGUCAGUUAUUUAAGUAUUGGUUGCGAGCACGAAUUGGAUCACAAGGGCAGGUGCCACCUGCUUGUUGGAUGGUUUGGUGUUUGGAGUCAUGGACAAUUGGUGGCAUUUUCCGGUAAGAAUUGA